AUGCCAUCCAACGGCUCUGGGUCCGAUAACCCGUACUAUUUGUACCCGUCGGCCUGGCAUAGUCAACAAAACUACGAGGCCUCAACUCCUCGGUACGCAGGCAGCGUGCACUCUGACACGGCUUCCUCCUCCGCUUCGCAACGCUCUGAGCACAGUUCUGGCAGUGGCAGUCAAAGAUAUUACACACACAUACCAGACAACAGCACCUCAUACGACGAGUUCGGCAUGCCUCGAGCAUACUCUGAGACCCCAUCUCCGUCGGUUUACACAGCACUCACCACUUUCUCCCGUGGUAUUCUGCAACAGACUGCUCGUAUACCAAACAGACGCAUGCUCCAUUGCGAAUUUCAGCCUUGGACUGGGUGUGGGGAGCAGUUCCAGCUUGACGAAGUCGAUGCCUGGAUCAGACACACCGACUACGAGCACCUGCAAGGCAACUUUCCUACGAAAUGCAUCUGCUGGUUUUGUGACGACUUCGUUUUCAGCACCCAGCAUUGUACCGAUGCCAGAUAUAACUUCACCAAUCGUAUGAAGCAUAUUGCGGACCAUAUCCUGGAUGGUGAUCGUUUUGAACAGAGGCGACCCGACUUCCACUAUCUCGACCACGUGUACAAAGCCGGGAAGGUUUCACGUCAGGCCUUCGAGUGGGCUAAAGAUGCAAACGAGGGUCCCCGACCUUUGGGGGUACCUGCUAGGCUUGAGGCCGCAAUCGUUAUGACAGCGGGCAGUGAACGACGACAAAAAAAGCGUUGCUCCUAGGAGGUCAACGCGUUGGUCUUCGGAAGUCGUUGCCCUCGCAUAAUCGAUGGGUCCGGAGAAGUGGGUAACGGACGCUUUGAUGUCGGAGCGGGCCGAAAAGCAGCAGUGUCGAUCAUAUUCGGGAAAGGCGGCAAAUUUCCCGAUUUGCCCUUGGGACUCUCGGUAAAGGUGGCGAACGUUCGUCUGGUUUCCCCAUCUAUCAGCAAGGAGUUUCCGGUAUCCAUGUGUUUGGGGAGGGUUUGCAUAAGGUUGUUCACCUUGGAGAAGACUGCUCUACGGGAAUCCGCAGAUUGUUUUGCAGUCCAAAGUUGGGUGAUACCUCUGUCGUGGAAACCCAUAGCCCGUGGAACUGUGUGAGGCUUGGGGCCACCUACAAGGACAAGGCACACUUCGAUCUUAGGCUUAUCGGCAGAUUGAUCGAGGCGGGUGAUGGAGGAUGUCGG